AUGGCGGUCGGAAAGAACAACAACAAAAUGGGAAAGAAGGGAGGUAAGAAGAAGGCCGUGGAUCCAUUCUCCCGCAAGGAGUGGUACGACAUCAAGGCCCCGAACACGUUCGCGACCCGUCAGGUAAUCACUGAAAUUUCUAGUUCACAUUAUAUUUGUUUGUUUUAAGGUCGGAAAGACCCUGAUCAACAGAACCCAAGGAACCAAGAUCGCUUCCGAGGGACUUAAGGGACGUGUCUUCGAGGUCUCCCUCGGAGAUCUGAACAACUCUGAGGCCGACUUCAGAAAGUUCAAGCUCAUCGCUGAGGAUGUCCAGGGAAAGAACGUGCUCACCAACUUCCACGCUAUGUCGAUGACCCACGACAAGCUGUGCUCCAUCGUCAAGAAGUGGCACACCCUCAUCGAGGCUAACACCGCCGUCAAGACCAUCGACGGAUAUACCCUCCGCGUCUUCGUUAUCGCCUUCACCAAGAAGUCCGUCAACCAGGUUAAGAAGACUUCUUACACCAAGGCUUCCAAGAUCCGCAAGAUCCGCGCCAAGAUGGUUGAGUGCAUUGAGAAGGAGGUAAGAGAAUCUCAUCCAUUAUCUCGACUUAUUAUUUUUUUCAGGUGACCGGAAGCGACCUCAAGGGAGUGUGCAGCAAGCUCAUCCCGGAUUCCAUCGGCAAGGAGAUCGAGAAGACCUGCUCCAAGCUUUACCCGCUUCAGGAGGUCUACAUCCGCAAGGUCAAGAUCAUCAAGAGACCGAAGAUUGACCUCGGAAGACUCCACGACCUCCACGGAGAUUCCAUCACCGUUGGUGCUGACGGCGAGAAGGUCGAUCGCCCAGACGACUACGAGCCACCAGUCCAACAAGAAGUUUAA